AUGGAAAGUAGCAGCGCGCAGGAGCAAUCAUCAGUAGAUGGUUGUGGUGUUGGACCUGUCAAGAAGUUGCAGGAGCGUGGCUUUGCCCUCAACGAUAUCAUGGUGAUCUGCUACUACUCAGAAGCCGUCAAAGCUCUCAAGAAUUUCUUGAAAAGCCAAGGCAUCAAAGUAGAUGAGCAUUCAAAGGUAUCAAGAGUUGAAACUGUCGGCUUGGCUCUCGACAUCAAGACUGUUGAUGGUAGCCAAGGCAUGGAAAAGCUUGUUGUCAUUACGAUGUCCAUCACAAACGGAUGCAACAAGGACCAUCUCGGUCUCCUUCGAGACCUUCGCCGAAUCAAAGUUUCACUUUCUCGUGCCAAGGUGCUCAGAAUCGGAGUUGCGCAUCGUGGUAUUGGACAACUCGGCGGUAUUUCUGGAGGAUUUGGUCUAUAAAGCUCCCAGAUAUUGAGGGACUGGGCACAGUCUCACAAAGAAGAUGGUCACAUGAAAGAGGUGACAGUUGGCAAGCGGUUGUGUCACAGAGUAGAUCACAUGAUUCUGGCUGUUGUCAGCUCACCUGACUUAGUGCGAGCUUGGAGUAUAUAAGUUUGCUGCUCUUCUCUUACUCUUAGAUCUUCAGACAGAUUCUACUACGAUCCAUUAUACCCAUAUUAUCGUUCACCCUAUAUGAAGUGCUUGUCGACUACUGCGUGACAGGUUGCUUGAUUAUGAGGAUUUUA